CUGAUCUGUCUUUGGCUGCAACCCGUUCAUAGUUGCUCAACCGUUAUAAUAAUUUAUAGAGCAAGAACCACAAGACUUGAUGUGCUUUUGACAAUAUUUUGUGGGAAAAGCCGUCCGUAACGAGUGUUUGAUGAUCAAGAUGACGGAUGAAGUAGUAUUAGUUCUGCAAACAGGUGGUACAAUAGACAAAGACUACCCCCAUGUAAAGGGAGGUUACGCUUUUGAGAUUGGGGAAUCUGCCGUGAUGGUUAUGAUGCAGAGAAUCCGGACUGAUGUGACAUUUGAGUAUCAGACAGUAUGCAGGAAAGAUAGUCAGGAUAUAGAUGAUGAUGACAGGGAGCUUCUUUGGAAGACCUGCCAGCAGGCCACACAGAAAACCAUACUGAUCACCCAUGGCACUGACACGAUGAUUGAAACAGCCGCCUAUCUUGCUAAAAGAAGGCUCCCCAAUAAAAAUAUCGUUCUAACGGGAGCAUUUCUCCCAGCUACCUUCAAGAAGUCUGAGGCAGAGUUUAACAUUGGAGUGGCAUUAGGGGCACUUCAGUGUUUGACAGAGUGUGAUGUGUACAUUGCAAUGACUGGCAGAGUGCUUCGUUGGGAUAAAGUGACUAGGGACAAUCUCAAUGGAAAAUGUAUUGCCAUUUUAAAAGGGUAACAAGCAUUGCUAACUGCUCAAUGCACUGGUUGAAAUGUGUCAAACUUUGUAAACGGUAGAGCCUACUCAGCCUUGCUCUACUUAAUUUCAAUUACUUUUUGUUCUUGUGUUAUAGGGUGAUGCCAUGAAAUAGAAUUUAAGUAACUAAUGCCUUAGCCUAUGAUUAGGGAGCGAGUAGCAUCUUUGUAUUUGACACUUUCGAAAAAGGAAGGAAAAUAUCCACGAACUUUUCACGCACAAAAUAACCGCUGUAAUGGGCGUGGCACUGGAAAUCUAGUCCAUGAUAGUUGCGUUAUGAUCGGACUGGUUCCAGGAUCUAUCCGUAUUUGAAACUGUGUCAUUGGAAUUCUGAAAUUUGUUUGAAUCAAAAUUUGUAUCGCACAUUUUUGAAUGUCAACUUGUUUGCCAGUGAUCAGAGUAGGCCUCAUCAUUGAAUUUCCUUGUGAACUGCAAUAAAGGCGCAACCACGGCGUUAUAGGCCAUGGGACCACCAUGUUUACCCAAAACAAACUAUUGAUGUCGAAGCUUGUUAAUUUGGCAAGAAAUCAAAUGUGAAAUCGUUUUUGAUGACAAAUUACCACAUGGAGUUUUCAGAAAGAAGCUAGAAUUGCACUAUGCAUAUUUUGGGGCUUUAGGCUAUAUUACCUCAAAAUAGGGCCCGGAAAUCAUAUAAGAAAAAAACCAUUGUUUUGACUCAUUGGCUUAUUUUUCACUCGGAAUGCAUGUGCAAAUGUGUAGGCCCUAUGUGUAGGCCUGGAGCAGUAGGGGCAUAAUUUUUAUUUACCGCGAGUUUUAAAGGAUAUGCUAAGAUCUUACAUUGAGCCCUUGCUCUAUGAUGUCACCCAUUCUUUAAAGCAUACACUACUUUCGGAACAGGUUCACAGAUUUACCACAAGGUAAUGGUGAAAGACUUCUCUUGAAAUAUUAUUCCAUGAAAUGCUUUAC